GGGCCAUGUGGUGCCCGUCGGACACAAAAAGGAGGGGACACGACUCCUACAAAGUCUGGACAUUCCUUGCUUUGUUCUCUUUUCCUGCCGCCCCGUCACUGGAAACAUGCUGAUCGCUGUGUUCUUCUCCCUCCUCGUGUCUCCUGUCGUUGCCGCGGAGAAAGACAGCGUCCUUCCCAGACUGACUGACACCAAAGCCACCGAGGCCUUCAUCGACUCUGCUGAAGUGGUGGUCAUCGGAUUCCUGGAGGGAGAGGAGAGUCCCGGCUACCAGCAACUUGUUUCAGCUGCAAGCCGCGUUGACUCAGUGCCUGUGGCCAUCUGCACGGAGAAAGAGGUGUGGACCAACUACAGUCUCUCCUCAGACACCAUCACUCUCUUCAGAAAGGCAGACAACCACCAGGAGAACCUCGUUAUUGCCACGACCAAGAAGUUGGAAGCUGACGGUCUGGUGAACUUCAUCACCAUCAAUGAGGUUCGAUACAUCACAGAGUACGAUCAAGUGACCGCAGUGGGCCUGUUCCAUUCCCACGUGAAGACACACCUGCUCCUCUUUGCCAACAAAGGCAGUAAAGAAUACACAGAGCUGAAGGAGGCCCUGGGAGCCCUGGCCCCUGACUUCACAGACAAGUUCUUGUUUGUGCUGAUUAAUGGGGCGGUCAAAUCCAACUCCCGGUCGCUGGGCUACUUCGGCCUCAAGUCCCAGGACCUCCCUCGAGUCGGUAUAUACGAUGGCGACUCUGACACAAAGUGGCUCCUGCCCGCUGGAGAGAUCUCCACGGAGCGAGUGCGGGACUUCUGCCAGUCCUUCCUCCGGGGGGAACUGAAGGAGGUGAAGCAGGAAGAAGCCGAGGCCAAAACAGAGCUUUAGGACUCUCAAUCAAAUGUGAAUGAAUUGAUGUGUAUGAAAUAAAACAACUAAAAAUAUUUAAAAAAAU